AUGUCGAUUAAAGGAGAUGAGUUUGUGAAUCUCAAUGGAGAGCCCGAAAAAAUUAAUGUAGUUCUCAGAGAGGAGGAAACAGGCGCCAGCGUGGAGGUGUUGCCCAGUGCCACCCAAGGAGUGUCGAACGGGCGAGCUGCCCAGUCAGGCGAGGGGAAGACAGUUCGUGAGGCAUGUGAUGGGCAAGCAGCCCCUAUGGUCUGUAAUGGGCGAGCAGCCCUUGAGCUUCGUGAUGGGAUGCCUGAGGCAGCGGCCAGCAUCCUUGAAGCGUCUAUAGCGCUGGGUGCUGCUCGAGGGGUGCCCAUGGGAUUGGGCGCUGCUUGA